AUGGCAAGCUCUUUAGCAAACAGGACACAAGAAGUCAUCUUUUCCAGGAGAGCAAACAUUGCUUGGAGUACCAUCUUUGGCUUUCUCGCUGUAAUUAUUGUGGCCGGUAAUGCUUUAACAAUUGCAGCGUUUACAGCCAGGCGACUUGUUCGUAGACGUGCUGUUUUCUUUCUGAUCAGCUUAGCUAUGGCUGAUAUGACGGUUGGAGCAGUUGCCAUACCGCUUUACAUCUAUUUGAGCAUUCAGAAAACCUUAACAAAGAGAGCUGUCCAUCACAUCUAUGAAGCAGUGGACAUCCUGUCCGGAUUGGCCUCUGUGUUCACAUUGGCACUGAUUUCUGUUGAAAGGCUGUUCGCCAUUGGGUGGCCUUUGUUUCACCGCACCCUACGUAAACGAGCCUACUUUUAUUUUGUGGGUCUGGCAUGGAUUUCUGCCCUAAUCAUAUCCAUCAUAGACUUGCUUUAUCACUACAACAUCGUGUCUUACCUCGCUACUCUGGACAUUGUUCUCACUGCUCUGUGUACUUCGUUUGUAGUUACUUGCGCUGCAUAUUUGGGUCUGUUUGUUAAGGUUCGUUCUCGAGAUUAUAGUGUAGUUGGGAGGGAACAGGACAAGAGACUAGCAAAGACACUAUUCCUUGUAACUGGAAUGUUUAUGGUCACAUGGCUGCCUUUUCAGUGCCUUCUGUAUGUGGUACACUUUUGCAAGACAUGCCCCUUCCCUUCUCAAAAUACAGUGAACUUCAUUAAACUAUUACAAUAUUUCAAUUCCUUUAUAAAUACGGUUAUUUACUCACUUAGAAUGCCUGAAUUCAGGAAGGCAAUUUCUGAGGCUUUUAAAGGUAGAAGAAGUCAUAAUCCUAACAAAGAUAAGAAUAUUUACCUCAAAAACCUUCAAGGAGACACACUGAGUGCAGUUGGUGGUGUUCUGGGCUCCUAUUCGUCACUAAAUCUACGCCUUUGUAUGGGAACUGAAAACAUCGUCCUAUCAGAAUUGAACUCGUCAAAUCUUCGAAGGAAGUGUUUUGCUUUUAAUAGCUCUAGAAAUUUGAGAAAGAGCUCCAGCCGUAGAACUUUUGUAACUGUAUCAGUAGUUUAAGCUCAUAGUCCAACAGAUCUUUCGCCUGUUACGAUCACGUGGACAAUAGAAAAUGGUCGUGACGCGAAAAAAGGUAUCACUCAGGGGCUGAACAAGAUGAAAUACGAUUUCUGAUUUUGACGCCAGUGGUGAUUAAGUGAGAGAUCACUGGCUAUUAAAAUGGUUUUAUAUUCGGAAAAAAGCUGAACACGAAGUCAUAUUUGUCCUUCAAGGUGAAGUAACCGUAACUUAGCAGUUCAGCCGAAGAAGCUCAAUUUGGUAAUUCUGUAAGUUCCAUAGCAUUCUUUCCAUUACCGGGAUCUAUUUCUUACAACAUGAACAACCAUUUUAUGAUGGACAAGGCCAUAAGAUAAAGUCAUGAAAUAGAGAUUUUCUGAAAAGUAGCUUUCUUCUGCACAAAGUUGUAUUUAUUAGAUAUGUGACGUGGGCUAAAUGUUCUCUUAGGAGCGUAUAAUUGUUUAGGAAUGGCCGUUGUAAUUGAGCCUUUGCGCGUGCGUUUUACAUGUUAACUAAUUCCAGAAUCAAUGUAAUUUGUAUCUUUUACAAAUUUCAUGUAAAUAUCAUAUAAUAUAUCAAAUCGACUACAGGUACGGUUAAGGUGAUGACUUAAAGCUGAAAAUAAAUUACUAUACAAUGAUUAAAUAUCGUAUAAUAUAUCAAAUCGACUACAGAUACGGUUAAGGUGAUGACUUAAAGCUGAAAAUAAAUUACUAUACAAUGAUUAAACCAAUUAUUUGUGCAUGU